CGGAGCUCAACUGAGACUGUCCAGCACCAUCAAGUGUAGAGCUCCUCCUCCCUUUCAUACGAUGAGGUAGUUUGUAAGAGUGAGCCCUGGUUAAUCACCAAUUUCCGCGAGACUGCGAAGUUCUAUCAUGCACGCGAUGUCCCCAUCGUUGCGCGCUUGACCUGCUGUGUUUUUAAGUACGAAAACGGGGCUUUUGCGCGCUUCAUCGCCCGGCAUGGGAGAUCACAGUGAGCCCAUCAUGGUGCAGAAGUCCACAUCGUUCAGCAUCAAAAGCCUGUUACUCCCAUCGAAGUUUGACAGCCCGGGUGCGGACGAGGGCGCGGAGCGAAGCCCGGUCUCCGACAAACCCCCAGAAGCGGUCGAGAUGGACCUCGCGCAACGCGACGCGGAGGAACCCGAGCAACCGUGCAAAAAGGGAAAGAAAUUCGACAAGCCUCCGUUCAGCUACAACGCGCUCAUCAUGAUGGCCAUCCGACAGAGUCCCGAGAAGCGGCUCACGCUCAACGGCAUCUACGAGUUCAUCAUGAAGAACUUCCCGUAUUACCGGGAACACAAGCAGGGCUGGCAGAACUCCAUCAGGCACAACCUGAGCCUCAAUAAGUGCUUCGUCAAGGUGCCGAGGCACUACGACGAUCCGGGAAAAGGGAACUACUGGAUGCUCGACCCCUCCAGCGAUGAUGUGUUUAUCGGCGGGACCACCGGGAAGCUCCGGCGGCGCUCGGCGACCUCGCGGGGAAAGUUGGUGAUGAAAAGGGGGCUCCGAUUCGCGCCUCUCGGACUCGGGCUGGGUGAACGCCCGAGCAACCCGCUUUACUGGCAGCUGUCUCCGUUCUUACCCUUGCACCACUCGCACUAUAACGGAUCCACGCACGGAUUUCUAAACCAAGGACACGCUUACGGAUCGUUACUCCCCGGCGUCGAGCCGCUCGGGAACGGGAGUAUUAACCUGUCGAACGGGUACGGCGUGCCUCCGUCGUCCGCUGCUGGAUUACUCUCAGGACACAAUGGAUAUUUCGUACCGGGCGCGCAACAGCCGCAGUCGCUCCCGAGCGCGCCGGGAUACGGGAUCUCCAGCUCUCCGUCUUCCCUGCUCUCGGAUUCCCUAAGAACUAGUUUACCGUCCUACACAUCUCCACUUUCCAGCGGACUUCUCUCUCAACACAAACGCGUCGCGCCCAAUUCGUUCCUGAGCUGAGCGUCGCGCGCUCAACUUUCCUAGAAAACCGCGCGCGCGUCCGUCCGUCCGUCCGUCUGGAUUUGAGCUUUUGUGUCUAUUUAAGAUCAUUUUUGUAACGGUAGUAUGAUGUUAUGCCAAAGGCAAUAACUGUAUGUGUUUGUUUUUCUUUUCUUCUUAUUAUUUGUUUCCCCUUUUUUAAGAAAAAAGGUAUUAUUUAUAGUAUUUCUCUGUGAAUUAUGGUUUUGUAUUUAUUCAAAAAAUGUUUUAUCCCUUGUUACUGUGGGAUAUUGUUGUUAUUAUUAGAUGGAUAGCACAUAUUAUUCGUUUAGUACGACUAGUUCCUUUUUUAUUUAAAAUAUAAUGUCCCAAACUGUGAAUGCGCCUUAAUAUCUUAAAUCAGGGUCGACUCAGGUGUGCGUUCUGACAAUGAAACGAUUUAUUAUUAUUAUUAUUAUUAUUAGUGUAAACCUGGAUUUGGGUCAAAUAUUAACGAUAUGCAAUGUUUGCUGAGUUAGGUCUGUGAGUGUGUGUGUGUGUGUUGUGUCCGACACGACAGAGCUGAGCUACUGAAUUAAAGCACUGGAUUAAAUGAACCGUGUGUGUGUGUGUUGGAGUUAAUAUAUUGUCAUUAAAUACUGUUCUGGGUCUGUCCCAUAUUUACACACAACAGUACAGUUUUGACUGUGGAGGUAUAUGGUUCAUCACCAAAGACAGAUCAUUAAUGUUUUUGUUUUUAAUAUAACAUCCAUGCACAUUCAUUUGAUAUUCUGAAGCCAUUAUUUAAACUCUCUGUGCAAACAGGCGUUUAGAAGAAAUGUAAUGGUUUAUUUCCCUUUAGUUUGAACCCACAUGUGAUCUGUAGUUCUGCACCUUUAGUUGCCACGCUCAUUUAAUGUACUAGUUUGUCGUUGAAUCUUUUUCUUGUAUAUUUCGCCUGAACUUCAGUUCAGAACUAAGAAAUAAAGUAUUGAAAUAUUUCUGUAUGAA